GGCUCAGUCUCUCUUUGAGAAAUCACCGUAAACAUGUCUGGACGAGGAAAAACCGGAGGCAAAGCUAGAGCUAAGGCCAAGACCAGGUCUUCUCGUGCCGGGCUUCAGUUCCCAGUCGGCCGUGUCCACAGGCUGCUCCGCAAAGGGAACUACGCUCAGCGUGUCGGUGCCGGAGCCCCGGUGUACCUGGCGGCCGUGCUGGAGUACCUGACCGCUGAGAUCCUGGAGCUGGCUGGAAACGCUGCCCGCGACAACAAGAAGACCCGCAUCAUCCCCCGCCAUCUGCAGCUGGCCGUCCGCAACGACGAGGAGCUCAACAAGCUGCUGGGCGGAGUGACCAUCGCCCAGGGCGGCGUGCUGCCCAACAUCCAGGCCGUCCUGCUGCCCAAGAAGACCGAGAAGCCCGCCAAGAAGUAAACAACCGAGGCUCUCUGACUGCUGGAAACCAGCCCCCCAAAAGGCUCUUUUAAGAGCCAAACACACUUCUGAUAAA